AUGUCUAUUUUUCCGUUACCGCCUGUUGAUAAGAUGACAUUACGUGAAUGGAACCAUAUUACUGAUACAUUAGAAGAUUGUAUAUCAUUUUGUCAAACACUUGGAUUAAUAUCGUAUAGUCCAAGUGCGCCAUGUACGAACGGUCAUCAUAAAUGGUAUAUGGGCAAAUCGUCAAGAGCCCACGACAAAUAUCAGUGGCGUUGUCGUGCAAAAGGUUGCAAGUUAACUCGAUCUAUUCGUGAUGGCACCUUCUUUUCCGCGUCGAGAUUAUCAAUCCAGCAGUUACUCGAUUUAAUGUUUUAUUGGUCACAAGGCCUCGAUAGCCAUAAAGAUCUUCGACGUCACUGUAAUUUAGGAAGUGAGUCUACCAUCGCAUCCGGGGGUGAUUGGUGGGGUUGGACAUGUGGUGGAAAUGGACGAAAGUUCAUGGACGAAAAGAAAAUACAAUCGUGGGCGAGUGGUACCAAACCAGUGAGUAUUCGGUGUCGUCUCAAUUUGUCAGCAUUACCAGCUGUAGAUCUGUUUAUUUGUUCAACGAAGGCAAAGUUAGCCGAGAAAUUAAGUAAAGCCUUUACGUACGACAACAGGAUAAAAGUUGCAUAG